AUGCUAAUCGCACAGUAUAAAAUGAGCAGCAACUCCUCCAGAGACAUCAGAGGACACUGCUGUCCAGAAGAAGCUGUUCUCUUUACCUGCACAGACAUGGCUCCCUGCUCCACCAACUACUCCUCUAUUCAGCACAUCAGGAUGUCUGAAAGAGACAAUAUCAAAUUAAGAAAACCUGUUGUGGAGAAAAUGCGCAGAGAUCGCAUCAACAGCUGCAUCGAGCAGCUCAAGAUCAUUCUGGAGAAGGAGUUUCACAAGCAAGAGCCCAACUCCAAGCUGGAGAAAGCCGACAUCCUGGAGAUGACUGUGAGCUUCCUGCGGCAGCAGUUGCAGUCAGGCCUCUGUCAGAGCGACUACAGCCAAGGCUACUCUCACUGCUGGAGGGACUCUAUGCACUUCCUCUCUGCCAGCUCCAACACAGAGGCCUCUGUCACUCCUCUGCAGGGCCUCCAACAGCAGGAACAGCUCCUCCAGACCCAGAGAGCCAGCAGCUCUUCCCCAGUCUGCUCCACCCUCAGGCCCACCACGCUGCAGGACAGCAGCAGCAGCAGCAGAGGCCCUGUGUGGAGGCCUUGGUAG